AGCUGGUUGAGCCUGCCAGACAAUUUAACAAAAACAACUAUCCAGGCAGUUAUCUGUGUAUAUAACAUUGCUCACAGUGGGAUUUCAUCAAACACUAUGGAACGAACUGCAUUGCUGCUUCUGAUUUGCCUGGCCAUCUCUGUCAGCCCAGCCAUAGGUUUCUAUGGGGGGUCUAUGACCUUCACACCUGGAAACAGAUAUCCCAAUGGAACAGUGGAGAUGCACUUUUACUACAGGGAGUCUGGUAGAGGGCCGUGUGACCCUCAUGUCAGCUGGUUCUGUGAGAGUGGGGACUGUGGCUAUCUCACAUACACAGAACCUAAGGUGACAGAUCAGGACCAUUCAAAUCAAAACCAGUGGUGCCAGACAGAGCGUCACCUCUCCACCAAUAUCACCCGUAAUGAUCCCUUCAUUCUGAAUGGUUUGAGUUGCUGCUGGCCAAACAAUGUCAAUGAUGUCCGUGAGUUGACGCUUCACACUCAUGUUGACACAAGACGACGUUCAGACACCCAAUCUCCAAACAGAUCCCCUGUUUCAGCAGUAAUACCAGACAUAAGGGUUCCUCAGAACUGUUUCCAGAGUCUUCAGCUGCUGGCUUAUGACCCAGAUGGAGAUGAUGUGAGAUGCAACUGCUCCUCUUGCCAUCAACAUCCAAACAUAAAUCUCGAUGAGGACUCGUGCACUCUAAACAGAAAUGGUUUGUUGGACAUGGGCCUGCAUGUGUUUGAGCUAAUGCUGGAGGACUAUCCUAUUUCAAACAUCACUUUGACGAAUGGGAAUGGCAUGUCUUUAAUCAGAAAUACAUUUAAUCAGACUGGAAACAGUGACCCAACUCCACUCAGUCAAGUGCCUCUGCAGUUUGUUAUUGAAAUUCUUCCACCAGUUCAGAGUUGCGUACCAGGGCAGGACAGACCAAGUUUCUUGACACCAACUCCCAUACAGGGUGAUGUACAACACGCAGCUGUGGGAUAUGCUCACAUUAUCACCCUCUGUGCCCAAAGCUCAGGCAACAGCAUUGUAGACUUCCAGAUCAGUGGUCCAUCAAAUAUGUCCAAGAUCUUGAAGAAUGAGAGUCACAGCAUUGCUGUGGCAACACUGACCUGGACACCACAGGAAAUGGACCUACAUCGUCAUGUACCAGUGUGUUUCACAGCAGAGACACUUCACAGCCAAUCAGAGAUGAGAUGCAUCGUGGUGGUUGUGUCAAAAUCAAAAGUUCUCUCAGGUGAUGCAGAGGUCAUCUGUGAAGAUCACAGUAUCAGCAUUGUAAUAAGUAAAGCCUCAAUGAAGGAGAUUGACCAGAACUGGCUCCAACUGAGAGACCCCACCUGCUCUCUUACCUCCAAUGAAACCCAUAUCUUGGGCACUGUGUCCCUCAACACCUGUGGCACAACAAUGGAGGACUCAGGAGAUUUCUUGGUCUUCAAAAAUGAGAUCAAUUCCUUUGAGAACCCGAAUGCAGUAAUCACCAGACGCAACCAAGUGAAGAUUGGCUUCUCCUGCCAGUAUCCCAAAGUAGCCAGUGUCUCCAGCCACUACGUUAAACAUAAGUCUGACUAUAUCUUUACUGAAUCCAGCUUUGGCACAUUUGGUUACACAUUUGAAAUAUUUAUUGACAAAAACUUCAGUAGUCAAGUAGAUCCUAGUCUGUAUCCAGUGGAGAUAAAUUUGAUGGACAUGCUCUACAUGGGCAUUGAAGCCCGUUCUACUCUCCCAGAUGUCAGACUCUUUGUUGAUUCUUGCAGGGCCACUCCAGAAGACAACCUGUAUACUGCCCACUAUUAUGACAUCAUCAAAGAUGGGUGUAUUUUGGAUGACACAGUCAAGGUGUAUCAAAAUGAUUCUACAAAGUAUGACCUCGGAAUCCAAGCUUUCAAAUUCACAGGAGACUACAACCAGGUGUACAUCACCUGCUCUGUAAUUCUGUGUGCGGAUGGAAGUUUGAACUCCAGAUGUGCUCAAGGUUGCCUGAGAGAACCUGCACGCAAACGUAGGCGAGAUCUGAACCAAGAAACUGCCAGACAUUACAUCUCACAGGGUCCCUUCCGUGUCGUAAGACAAACUCGGACUUUUGCAUCAGCUUCGGAAUACGGUGGUUCUCUGCAUAUCAGUGCUAGCACUGGGGUGUUUGCAGGACUCUUCACUGUCUCCCUUGUUCUGGUGGGACUGUUGGUAUAUAAAACAAAAGCACUUGACCAUCAGCAUCUGUUGUCCAGCUUCUAAAAUAAUGCUUGGUAGGCUCACAUGCUGUAGGUACUACAUGGAUCCAUACAAGUGAAAUGAGCUUUCCAGUUUGCUAACAUUAUGAAUGCAAUCUCAUUAAUAUUUUUAGGAAUGUCGAAUAAAGUGACAACAACAAAACCUUAAAAUCUUUCAAGUUAAACUAUGAAGACACACAGAUAUUUACAAAAUGAACAAUGUUUACUUAAUGUCAUUUAAUAUAUGAUCAUAAUGAUAGUGUGACAGUUUGUGUUCAGAAUACAUUAUUUGUUAGAUUCUACUCUGUUUAGUAUGCAGUG